AUGAUAGCAAGUAAGUAACUUUUAUAUUUCUUUCUAAAUUAAUAUGAUUUCAUUGAUAUAAUUUUAUUUUUAAUCAUUUUGAUUUGAUAUUUACAGACUGGUUAAUAAAAAGUUUCCGUACUACAUAUAACCACAAUGUUGGAUAUAAUAUAGGCUCAUAUAUGUUUAUGCAAAGUCGAGAUUAUGCAGCUAGGAAAGGAACAAGAGAAAAAAGAAGAUUAAAACUCAAAAAGAAAAAAGUUAAGACAGUAAUUGAGCAAAUAGGAUAUGUCCCACAUAGAAAGAAAAAAGAGAUAAAGGCAGAAGUUUGUCCACUAAAUAUCAUUAAUGAAAAUUGGAAAUGGAAAGCAAUCGAUAAUGUAUAUAUAAUAAAAUAUCACCCACAACCAGUUUAUUCUUUAAAAGAGGCUAUAGAAAAUCAUCGUGAAACACAUCAUCCAACUAUGCUUAAUAAACCUAAUGCAAUUGUUAAUGCAUUUAUAGAAUUAAAUAUGAGGCGUGAAAAGAAGAAUAAGUAUGUUGAUAAAUUUAUGAAAGUUAUUGAUACGCCACAUAUAUUUACAUGUGUGGAAAAUAAUAGAACUGUAUUAGCCUUUUCCAAAAAUUUACAAGAACAAGAAAAUGCCAGAAAUGCCGGAGCUGAUUAUAUUGGUGGUAUUGAAUUGAUAAGAAAGAUUCAAAAUGGGUCAUUUAAUUUCAAAGAGUACGAUUAUGUCGUAGCUCAUGCAGAUAUUUUAUCUGAUAUGUUAUUAAUUAGGGGAUUAUUGAAAAAGAAAUUUCCAAAUAUUAAAUUAGGUACUUUGGGUAAUAAUAUGAAUCAAUUAGUUAAAAAAUUCAAAAAUGGAAUUCUGUACACUGCACAACCUCAUAAAACUUUUAAAGAAUAUGGCGAAAUUAAUACGACUUUUGGCUUGCAGUGAUAAUUUGUUUUAGUCGAUACUCAUACCAUAAUCAACAACAUUGUAAAAGUAUUACUAAUGGAUCAAAAGUUUUGCUUCUUGGAUAUUACAAUAUGGUAUAAAAGAUUAUUAAAACUGACAAUAGUUCGAUCGCAUUUCUGAAGCUUCGAAAGACUCGGGGAUUAAUUUUUUUCAGUAUGAGAUGUAGAAGAAUCUCCUUGGAUUGAAAGUUUUAAUAUAUUCUGAAAUCAAAAUUCAAAAUGAAAUUUAAUAUUUGAAUUGAGAUGAAUAUUAAAUUAUUAGUAAUAUUUACUAAUAAUUUGGAGGAGAUGCUAAUUCUAAUGAAGUGCAAGCAUGUUUAUUAUAUAAUUCGCAAGCAGAAAGGUCCGAAGGAAACUUAAAGCUCCAUACAUACACAUGAUUCACUCUUAGUUCGAUUAAAUAAUAUUAAAUUUAAUUAUUUAAAAUGUAUGUAUUUACAUCAUUGAAGUCGCGGUCUAGCAAUAAUUCUUGUAUAUUUUAUUAAAUCGAAACUAAAUUAAUGAUAUGAAUGUAUUUCUCGAUUCACACUCGAGUUACCCGAGAGUUUUCGUGAUAAAAUGAAUAUUAAAGAAAAGUGCUGAUGUUUCGGGAAAAAAGAUAUGUAUAUGUAUAUAAUAUACAAGGUAUUUCAUAAUUGGUAUAAUCAUUUAGAUUAGAUGAUGCUUCUAAAAAUAAAUUGAAAACAAAGAAUAAAAUUUUUUAUUUUAUUUUUUUUUGUCUUCGAGAAAGUUUGAAAAUUUUUCAAGUAUACUUAUAUUUUUGAACUAAUUCUGAACUAGAUAAGAAUAAAUAGUCGACAAGAUAUUUUAUUUAUGAAAAUAAGUCAAAAGUAUAAAAUAUUUUUAUAAGGUGCUUCGUUCUUGAGAAAAUUAAAUUCAAAAUUUAUCAAAUAUGAUUAUUAAGCCAAUUCUUAACUAAAUAUGUUUUAAGUUUUAUUUCCAUAAAAAUAAGGUCUUAAACGAAAAAAUUUUAUUCUACACUUUUUACUUAUUUUAGCAAAUAAAAUAACUACUUAUUAUUUAUUCAUAUUUAGUAUAGAUAUAG